ACCUUCAUAACAAACGCCUAGAGUCGACAGACGAUAGAUGGAUAGAGACUAGAGAGUCGACGGUAAGAAGAUCUGACCGUCUGUGGAUGUGUGAUGAAUGCGUUCAAACGCCAUUUGGGCUUGGGGUCAGAUGGCCCCUCAGGCUCGCCCAUAGCCCAGGGAACCUUGGCUCAACCUCCGGCUCUUCCGUCAUACCAUGCCUCGGCUGAAAGCAGCAGCGUGGUUGCCGCUCCGCCCGAUAUGAGGCGCAAAAUGGUGUCCUUGUGGCACGCCAUGAAAUACGGCAAAACCAUCUUUCAACUGACCAAUGAAGCGGGGAAAUCCGAGUUCAACGGAGGAUCACCGGUUCAUCUCUUGGGCUUGAAGUAUCAGAGGGGACACUUGUCGUCUGCGGGGUCUCAUCCCGAGGUCGGAUUGGGACAGGUGGAAAAAGCCAGACGUCGUUGCAUCGAAGCGUUUCAUUUGGAUUUCGAAACGCGGAUCUGGAUGACUUAUCGCCGCAAUUUUGAAUCCUUUCCGGGGUCGGAUGUCACGUCUGAUUGCGGGUGGGGUUGUAUGCUGAGAAGCGGACAGAUGCUUGUGGCCAAUACUCUGCUUUUGAAGCAUCUAGGUCGUCAUUGGCGUGUCAAACCCACCCCUCAAGAAAGAGUUCCAGGCCGCCCACCGCCCGCUCUCUCCGGCAUUGAAGCUGAGAAAGAAGCCAUGCACAAGGCUUUAAUUCGCCUAUUUGGUGACACGCCUCAAGUGUCCACCGCACCCAUUUCCAUUCACAAUCUGAUGGCCUUGGCACAAAAGAACUUCAAACGACAGCCUGGAGAUUGGUUCGGGCCCGCAACUACGGCUUACCUUCUACAAGAAGCGGUCCAUCAGAGCUCACAUCCCCUCUUACUUGACAUCACGAUCUACGUGGCCACAGAUUGCACAGUUUUUAAGGGCGAUGUGCGAGACCUUUGCGAGCGGAGGGCCCAAAACCGAUACAAUUUCAAUCACGAAGCUCAAAUCAAAGCGGACACACCCGAAGAGUUUUCUAUUCUCGAGCACCCAUUGGAAUAUGCGGGCUCAUGCGUGUCCGAAGCCAAAAGUGGGAACGCCCAAAGUCAGAUUUUUUGCGGGGUCGUGGAUGGGGUCCCGUACUUCUCAGAUGUACCCCGAAAUCGUAACAGUGAUGUGAUGGAGGCUAAGGAUUUUCAAAUGCUCAGUGACGGCACAGAGCACUAUGCUUUGAAUCAGGACGUGUCCAUUGAGGGUAGUCAAUGGGUCAUGGAGGGUCCCUCUCAAAAUGCCAAACACACGGAAUCCCAACCAUCGAAAAAGGUUGUGGACGAGUCAGCCCGGAAAUGGUCACUUGAAGAUCAGGAUUGGAAUCCGGUGCUUCUCUUGAUUCCAGUUCGAAUUGGAACGGAUAAGAUCAAUCCCAUGUAUGUGGCCACUUUGAAAACGUUUCUGACCUCAGAACACUCCAUGGGGAUCAUUGGAGGCCGUCCGAAGCAUUCUUUGUACUUUGUCGGUCUUCAAGAGGACAAUCUGAUCAACUUGGAUCCUCAUCUUGUCCAAGAUAGUGUGAAUGUAUUUCAUCGCUCAUUUGAUCCGAAUUCCUAUCAUUGCAAAACUCCGCGGAAGAUCAAUAUUCACAAGAUGGACCCAUCAUGUUGUUUCGCGUUUUACUGCGAGACCCGAGAUAUUUUUGAGCAUUGGUGCACAACCACCAAACAGAUGUCUGUCCAAUCUCGAACUCCAUAUCCAAUGUUCGGAAUUGAAGAAGGGAAGGCAAAGGAUCUGAUUGACGAUCGGUCGAUUUUGUUGGAGACGGAAAUGAUGCCAGAGGAGUUGGAAGAGUCGACCAAUGAGAUCACGGAAGAUUUUGUGUUUGUCUAUGACGGAAACGAGGAGUCGUGAUAGUCUCUAAAACGAAAGGAACAUCCUGGCACAAAAAUGCGGAUUCAUUCAGAAUAUUUGUCAUCAUCAUCAUUAAUAAUGUAUUAUUAGAUCAAUCCGAUAACCAGUCGUUAAUCACACACCUUCUCUAUAAUGUUUGAAAGCCAAUACAUUUUGAGCCAUUAUGGAGCGGACCAAA